AUGCCGAAGACUAGAUCUCAGAGGAAUGUGGAUGGUUCUGAAGGGAACGGACAGGGUGACCCUCAGCACACCCACCAGGAUGCCAUCGUGGGGAAUGAAAGGGUCGAGCUCUCGCAGAUCUCGCCGGAACAGCUGGUGCAGUCGGUAGCCGCGAAUUUGCCUACUUUCGAGGCUAUUGUGAAAUACUUGAAGGGACAAUCCGGAGUCCCUCCCAGUCCGGAACCCCGGGUACGAAAAGCUGGCGGAACUGGGAGUUCGGCAUCCAGAUCUGGGAGCCCCAGCCCUCGGUUGAAGAGGGCACGAAAGGAGCUCACACGCGAGCAGGUCCAUGUUCCGGAGCCCUCUCAUAGGAACUCCCGAACUAGCCAUCCGGAGCCCGUCCCGAGGCCCUCACGGGUGGAGGUUCCUCACAGGAGAGAGGAAUACCAGGUCCAGGAUGAACUGGACCUCAUGUUGGAUCCAGAGGCGGAUAGGUACACUGCCUCUCCCUUCGUGCCGGAUAUCGAGGACUAUCCCCUGCCUGCCAAGUUCAAAAUACCGUCCAUGAAGUCCUACGACGCGACCACAGAUCCGGAGGAUCACUUGUUUGCGUUCCUGACUCAGAUGCGUCUGCAGACAGCUGCUGAUGCGGUCAGGUGCAAGACUUUUCCGAUGUUCCUGGAAGGAAAGGCCCGACAGUGGUUCCAGGGGUUGCCUCCCAGGUCAGUUCGGUCAUUCAGUCAGCUCGCACGGCUGUUCGCGGCCCAGUUCGUCUCCUCGCGCGCCUAUUCCAAAACCACGGCUCAUCUGAUGACUGUUCAUCAAGGGUCCGAGGAGUCAUUGCGUGAGUAUAUGGUGCGUUUCAACAAUGAAUCCCUUCAGGUGCGUGACCGAGAUGACAAGGUGGUGAUGGCUGCCUUUGUGAAUGGGUUACGCAAGUAG